AAUCUUCCAGUUCUUAUGCGACAGAAUCCUGCAGAAACACUUCGUCGGGUUUUACCAAAAAUCAGAGAGGUUCUACACGUUGCAGGAGUGGAAAUGCAGUUAACAGCUGCUGUUUCUUUUUUGACUGUUCUGCAAGAGGAGUCAGUGUCCAUUCAUACGUACUCCCACUCCUUCCUACACAUCAUUCUCCAGAACCUGGAACACAGAGAUGCAGGUGUCAGCAAUGCAUGGUUAGAAACUCUUCUUGCUGUAAUAGAAGCUUUACCAAAAGAAACUGUCAGACAUGAGAUCCUGAAUGCACUUGUUUCCAAAGCACAGCUUUCUCAAACACUUCAGUCCCGCUUAGUUAGUUGUAAAAUCAUGGGAAAAGUAGCUAACAAAUUUGAAGCCCAUAUCAUUAAAAGAGAGGUUCUUCCACUGGUAAAAUCACUGUGCCAGGAUGUGGAAUAUGAAGUUAGAACUUGCAUGUGUCGGCAGCUGGAACACGUAGCUCGAGGAAUAGGGACAGAGCUAACAAAAACUGUGGUGCUUCCUGAGUUGGUGGAACUGGCAAGAGACGAGGGCAGCAGUGUACGCCUGGCAGCUUUUGAGACCUUAGUGAAUCUGCUCGACAUGUUUGAUGCAGAUGAUCGGAGUCAAACUGUUCUCCCAUUAGUGAAAUCAUUCUGUGAAAAAUCAUUCAAAGCAGAUGAAUCUAUCCUAGUUUCUUUAUCUUUCCAUUUAGGGAAACUGUGUAAUGGAUUAUAUGGCAUUUUUACUCCUGAACAGCACUUGCGGUUUUUGGAAUUUUAUAAGAAGCUUUCCACGUUGGGUUUACAGCAGGAAAAUGGGCAUAAUGAUAAUCAACUACAUCUGCAAACUCUGGAACAGGAAAAGAAGUAUAUUUCAGUGAGGAAGAACUGUGCUUACAAUUUUCCAGCUAUGAUUAUUUUUGUGGAUCCAAAGAACUUCCAUUUAGAACUUUAUUCUAUAUUCUUCUGCCUUUGUCAUGACCCUGAGGUUCCUGUCAGAUAUACCAUGGCCAUAAGCUUCUUUGAAGUUGCUAAGCUUUUAAAUUCUGAUGUGUAUACAAUACAUAAAGAACUGGUAACGCUAUUACAGGAUGAGUCACUGGAGGUGUUAGAUGCCCUAGUAGGUCACCUUCCUGAAAUCCUUGAACUGAUGACUAAUGGAGGAGAAAACAAUGGAUCGGAAAGCAAGUUACUCUCUAUUCCUGACUUGAUUCCUGCAUUAACAACAGCAGAACAGAGAGCAGCAACUUCUUUAAAAUGGAGAACACAUGAGAAGUUACUACAAAAAUAUGCAUGUCUCCCUCAUAUCAUACCAAGUGAUCAGAUCUAUUACCGUUUUCUUCACAGGAUGUUGACAAUCAUUUUGACAAAUAACGUCCUGCCAGUCCAAAAAGCAGCUGCUCGGACUCUGUGCGUUUAUUUGCGCUACAAUCGCAAACAAGAGCAGAGACAUGAGGUUAUUCAGAAACUGAUUGAACAACUGGGCCAAGGAAAAAGUUACUGGAAUAGACUUCGUUUUUUAGAUACAUGUGAAUUCAUUAUGGAACUGUUUUCAAAAUCAUUCUUCUGUAAAUACUUCUUUUUACCUGUGCUUGAACUUACACAUGACCCAGUGGCAAAUGUCAGAAUGAAGCUAUGCUGUUUGUUGCCAAAAGUCAAAUCUACUCUGAAGAUUCCCACUGAUAAACAUUUACUUCAGCAGUUGGAAUUAUGUAUAAGGAAACUUCUGUGUCAAGAGAAAGACAAAGAUGUCCUGAGUAUUGUGAAAAGAACAGUGUUAGAGCUGGACAGAAUGGAGAUCUCUGUAGAUGCUUUUCAGAAAAGAUUUUGUGAAAAUGAUUUAUUGGAUCAAGAAAAAGAGAGACAAGAACAUCUCCUUUUGGAAAUGGAACAAUUAGAAAAAGAGAAGCAGAAAAAUGAAGGAAGAUCUACAAAUAUUAAUGAUAAAAUGUUGGAAAAGAAGCGUAGAGACAGUAAAACAUCAUCAGUGUUGGCAAAAAGUAUCAAUCUCUCUAUUUCUGGAAGCUCUUCUGGUACAUCAGCAGGCAAAGAAGAAAAAAAAUCCAAGCUGGUUCGAAGCCAAUCUUUCAGUACUCAAGUACUGCAUCCAAAAUACAGCAACAUAGACAAGUGUCCUAAUAAAAGGUCUGCUACAGGGUACACAUCUUCAGUAUCAGGAGUGGGAAAGAGUUGUAUGUUAUCCUUUCGUGAUGAUUCAUUCCGGAUUCAUUCUGCUGGUAGUAGUGGGAAUGCUGCCUUCCCUUCCAGCUCUUCUCGCAGCUUAUUUAACUCAGCUGACCAAAAGAACAAUGGAAGUAAGGAGAGUCAGUCCCGAAAGAUGAGCGUGAAAAACAGAAAAUCAAACUCCUAG